UGAGAAACUCUAGAGGCAGAUGCUGCGGCUGUGGAAAGUGAAGCAGGAAGGGACGUUUCUCGUUGCUGAGAAUCCUGGUCGGGAGAGGAGCUGAACGCGCCGCCACUGUCCCCGAGCUGCUGCAGAAGCUCUUUUCUGCAUCCCUCCCAUCCUCAGCUCCUGCUCCCACCCGGAGGGAGGGAGGGACAAAGGGAGGGUCCCUGGCCAGUUCGGGCUCGGUUUCCCCCCCAGCCUGGUAACGGAAGUGCCAGGCGCCCUUUAGCAGAGGGGCGGGGGCACCGGAGUGGGAGGGGGGCAUGGAGCCUGUCCGGGAGCCCCCCAGGAGGAGUCGGCCCCCUCCGCCACCCGCUCCAGCCGCGGCGGCGGCGGCUUCUUUGCCGAGAGUACUCUCCCCUGGGGACGGGGAGGGCCGGGGCCAGGAGGUGCUGCUGAGAAGAUCAGGAUCCGGGUACGAGGGCAGUACCAGCUGGAAGGCGGCCUUGGAGGAUACGACGACUCGCCUGUUGUUAGGAGCCAUUGCCGUUCUGCUUUUUGCCAUCCUGGUUGUGAUGAGUAUUCUAGCUUCUAAAGGGUGUAUCAAGUGUGAUGCUCCAUGCCCAGAAGAUUGGUUACUCUAUGGAAGGAAAUGCUAUUUCUUUUCUGAAGAACCAAGGGACUGGAACACAGGGCGCCAGUACUGUCACACUCAUGAAGCAUCCCUCACUGUGAUCCAGAGCCAGAAGGAGUUGGAAUUUAUGUUCAAAUUCACCAGGAAGGAACCCUGGAUUGGCCUAAGGAGAGUAGGCGACGAAUUCCACUGGGUCAAUGGAGAUCCAUUUCACCCGGAUGAGUUCUCUGUCUCGGGUCACGGGGAGUGUGUCUUUGUGGAACCCACGAGACUUGUCACGUCAGAUUGCCUGAUGACGCGGCCCUGGGUGUGCAGUAAGAUGGCUUACACGUGAGGAGGGGCGUGAGAAGCCGGCCCGCAUGGGCCUCUCCCUCGCCUUGGCCCAGCUCUCUCUCUGAGCCAUGGACGCUGGAAGUUUUCUCCGCCAGCCCCGCAGCUGUGAGAUCCUAGUACGUUAUCCCCAGGUCUCAGUUCUGGGCUCCUGGCUCCUUCCUCUGCACAUAUCCCAUCAACUCGCUGUGCCAUCCUAGACGGCCUGUGUAGCCUGGCUGCCUCUGCCCUCCCCUUUGGCUAACUAGAGCACAACACGCCUCCCUCACGUGGGCACCAUGUAUGACUGUUGCAAGCAGUGAGGGAUAACAAAGCGAAUAUUUACCAUCAACAUCAACAUCCCCUCCACAUAAGCAGCUCCUACAUUAACUAUAGUCCCAUGAAAUCAGGUAGCUCCUCUCCACUGGAAAUCUACUUAUUUUGCUUGAUCAAACCUUUCUGACAUUUUGGAAUCACUGAAUUUUACCUUAUUCCCACUAGUUUUUGACUUUUUUUUUUUUUGAAAAGUCAAGUAUUGAUAUUAUUCUUUGGAAAUACUUAAUCCCUCCUCUUGCCGAUUAUAAUCACCGUCUUCCCAACCCCCUGGAUUUUUGCACUUUCUGAUUGUGGCAGGAGACCUUGUCCUCCCAGGUUGUUCUUUCCAAUGUCGGCUUCGAGACUUGCCUCAGAGGACUCAGCUUAGAGCGAGCUGCCUUUGUCCAGUGACAUUGUCCUGACACCUGCUUUGGAGUGUUUUUAUUGCACAACACAGUAGUACUGGUGCUUAUAGAAAAAUAACAACUGUCAAAAAUAACAAUACAACGGGGAGCACACCAGCCUUCCCCAAAUCACAACCCACUUUCCCACUCCAACCAUUUCUGUCUCAUCAUAAUGAGAAGGAAGGUUCCUACCCAUCAUGUAGAAAAAGCCCCCCGCGUUCUAGGGGAGGUCCACUCUCAGCCCCUUGCUUUGCCUCCCCUUCUGCUUCCUUACUGCUCCUCUGGCAGGCUCCCUGAUUGUAUCUGUGAAUGGUGUACUGAUUACUAAUGGAAUAAAGACCGCAAACUCCCAUAGAGAAAGCAUUUGUGUCUUUCUCGUGUUUCUGCUUUAGAUUUGUGGGUACUCGAAUUCACUCCAAAGGCUCCUUGGAAGCCUAGUUCCUUAUUGACAUGUGUAACCCUUUAUUAUAGUAUUUAGCUUGUUUUAAGCUUAGGGGAAAU